AUGGGCGGGCGUAGCUCUCCAGCCUUCUUCCUCUCCGUCGUCCCACAAGUGGCUUGCUCCUUCGACUCGGUCCGCUACGCCCUUCUCUCUACAGCCCUUGUCGACGAGUCGGUCGACAACUAUGCCACGCAAAAUGGCCUCAACGGCCCCGGCGUUGGCUGCAUCAACCAAGAGGCCCGCAAAGCAAGCUUCGAAAUGUACGGACGCGCCGUGCGGGCUCUUGUCUCCUCCAAAGACGGCGAAUAUCGCUCGCAACACGAGAAGGACGAUUUGUUAGCUGCCACGCUAAUCACGUGCCUGCUAUUGUUCAGCUUCGAGUAUUGGUUGUGGAACCUGAGGAAUGCGGCCCGGCAUCUCGAGGGCGCUAUGGGAUUGAUACAAGGCCACGAAAUAGCCAUGCUCGGAAAACAGAGGCGGAAAGGGCUACUGGAGGAACAGGUGCUGCCGAUGAUGAGGCAAGCGGCGAAGUACCAUGAUGAAAGUCUCAUCAAGGGUAUUCCGGCAAGCAAGUUUGGAGAGGGACAGACCUGGAACCCUGAGAAAGAGCAUUGCGGCGCGUUGAUGUCGCUCACAAUAUAG